AUGGACACGCUGGUGCUGCAUGUCCACGCGUCAUCAAAUAACACGAUCCUGUCGCUGACGGACGCGAAUGGCCGGGUGAUUGUCAAUGCCAGCGGCGGUACUGUCGGGUUCAAGAAGGCGCAGAGGGCUGGGUUUGAGCCUGCAUAUCAGGCCACGGUGCACAUUGCGAACGCGGUCAGAGAGAAGGCGAUUCCCGUGAACAAGGUCGAGCUGAGGCUGAAGGGAUUUGGCGCUGGACGUGAUGCUGUGUUCAAGGCGGUGCACAGUGUUACUAACUGGGCUGUCUGCCGUGUCGUUGAUACCACCCCAGUUCCGUUCAACGGGUGCCGUCCGAAGAAGGCGCGGCGUCUGUGA